CUUCCCCACGGCUGUCCACCUCGUACCUCCGCCUGCACGGCACCUGCUAAUUGGCCUGCCGCUACCUGCCAUUGAUUGUCGUGCAGCCUUCCCCGGUAGCCGCCGUCCCCGACCCUAUCCUUGGUCGCGGUUGUCCAAUUAGACAAUCAAGGCUUCCAACCCAAAGUAUACUUGAUGCCUAGCUUGGGGUUCCUCAAGAAGAAGCGGACAAAGGAGGCCAAUCCGGACCCCUCGCCGCCCAGCAACCCGACGAGCCCAGUCACGCCUACCGCGGCCAGGAGCUUCGAUCAGAGCAUCAUCCCCUUGGCCCCUCCCCAUACCAGUGUGCCCCAACCGGCUCUUCAGUCCGGCCCGGCCAGCAAGCAAGACACACAGACCGACGCCGCCGAGAAGCAGCAACCAAUGAAUUCUCUCCCAUCCCAGCAACCCUUUCUGUCGCCCCAGAACACACCCUCGCCGGGGACGAAGCCGCAGAACCUCCCGUACAUAUCGAACCUCAUCAACCCUCCCCAGAAUGAUGGCUCCUCACCUUAUCAGCAGCAGCAACAAUUAGGGUUAAGAUACAUCCCACCCCCGACCAACAGCGGGGUACCCGGUACCCAACAACAACCGUCGACCAUGGCUGCAGCACAGCAGCAACAGCAAGGCGCGCAGGCGCCCGCAGCCCAAGACCAGAUCAGAGUGACCAAAGGGAAGUACUCGCUCACCGACUUCGAAAUGCUAAGGACGCUGGGGACGGGCAGCUUUGGCAGGGUCCAUCUGGUUCAGUCCAAGCAUAAUUCGCGGUUCUACGCCGUCAAGGUGCUGAAGAAGGCACAGGUGGUCAAGAUGAAGCAAGUCGAGCACACCAACGACGAGCGGAGGAUGCUGGGCGAGGUCAAGCAUCCGUUCCUGAUUACGCUAUGGGGCACGUUCCAGGAUGCGAGGAACCUCUACAUGGUGAUGGACUUUGUCGAGGGCGGCGAGCUCUUCUCGCUAUUAAGAAAGUCCGGGCGCUUUCCGAAUCCGGUGGCCAAGUUCUACGCCGCCGAGGUAACGCUUGCCCUCGAGUACCUCCACUUGCGGAACAUAAUCUAUAGGGACCUAAAGCCCGAGAACCUGCUCCUUGACCGCCAUGGGCAUUUGAAGAUUACCGAUUUUGGCUUUGCCAAGAAGGUGCUGGACAAGACAUGGACGCUAUGUGGCACCCCGGACUACUUGGCCCCCGAGGUCGUCUCCAACAAGGGCUACAACAAGUCGGUAGACUGGUGGUCGUUGGGCAUCUUGAUAUACGAGAUGCUCUGUGGCUACACGCCCUUUUGGGACGGCGGAUCCCCGAUGAAAAUCUACGAAAAUAUCCUUCGAGGUAAGGUCAAGUAUCCGGCGUACGUCAACCCGGACGCGCAGGACCUGCUUGAGCGGCUGAUCACAGCCGACCUGACCAAGAGGCUGGGGAAUCUGUACGGGGGUUCGCAAGACAUAAAGAGCCACCGGUGGUUUUCCGAGGUGGCGUGGGAUCGACUUGCGAGGAAAGACAUUGACGCCCCAUAUACUCCACCGGUCAAGGCCGGGGCGGGCGAUGCAAGCCAAUUCGACAGAUACCCAGAAGAAUCAGAGCGAUAUGGGCAAUCAGGGCAUGACGAAUACGGCUAUCUGUUCCUCGACUUCUGAGCGCGCAGCCUCCCGCCUCGGGUGCGGUUGGCUGCAUGUGUCCUAACAGCCGAGUGAGGGUGGAGUCCCAAGUAACCAUAGUGUCUUUGAGCUGGCUCCGGAAUGAGGCAAACAGGAGGGCAGU